ACCUCACUCUUUCCAAGACCCACAAGUUCAAUAAAAGCACCCAAUAUUAAUUUGAGUCUCUCAUGACCUCUGUAAUGGAUGGAUUUACAGGACUUGAUCAAAAUAGUUUGUGCAGUGAGAGUGAGCUUGAAGCUCUUUUUGCAGCAGCAAGUGAUGAGAACAUAGCCCAUGAAGUGAGUUUAAAGAAAGAGGCUAUAGUUGUGGUGGAUGAUGAAGAGGUGCCACAGCCUUUGAAGGGUUUGUAUGAAGAUGGGCCCACUCCAUUUAUCAAGAAAAUAUAUGGGAUGGUGGGAGAUGCAGAGACUGAUGGGAUCAUCUCAUGGAGUGAGUCUGGGAUGAGUUUUGUGAUCAGGGAUCAGUACAAGUUCUGUGUGGAGAUUCUGCCCAAGCACUUCAAGCACGCCAACUUUAGUAGCUUUAUUCGCCAACUCAACACUUAUAAUUUCAAGAAACUCAGUCUAGAGAGGUGGGAAUACGCCAAUGAAGGCUUUCAGAAAGGAAAAGAUCAUCUGUUAAAGAAUAUUAAGAGGAAGAAACACCAACCUGAUCAACAAGUCCCACAGGAUGGAAAGAAUUCACAACUUUCACUUUAUCACGAGAAUCUUAAAAAGGAAGCAGAACUUGAAAAGUUGAAGAGCGAUACCGAGAAGUUGAGAACUGAACUUCUAAUUAUCCAAAAGGAACAGGAGAGUGCUGAUAAUUAUCUGUUAUCUGUUAAAGAGAGGCUAAUAAGAACCGAACACAAGCAACAGCAGAUGUUCAUUUGCAUGGCAAGAGCAUUUAAGAACCCGCUAUUCAACGAGAUUCUCAUGCAGCAGCUCAGGGAAAAAGAAGCACUGGAUACUGCAGGAACUUCAAAGAAACAAAAGCUGAUUGCUCCCCAGUGCAACAAAAGUCUAGUUGAGGCAAUCUAUUAUGCUGGGGGAAGCCAAGCUAAAGAUGACUUCACAAUGAUUGAUACAGAAGCUCAGAAAGCAUAUUUUCAUAAUGAAGCAAAAAACCCCGUUGUUCAGAGCCAAAAGGUUAAUGAAGUGUUGGCUACAAAACCUUCAGAUAUUGCUUUGGACAAUUGUUUGCUGGUAGAAAAUCUAUUGGCUGAUGACGUGGUCUCUGAGACUAAAGCAGCAACAGAACAAGCAAAUGUUCAUUCAAAAGUUGUUCUUGAGUUGGAAGAAUUGAUCACAAAGGUAAGUGCCAAUUGGGAGGUAUCUAUGAAGGAGAUGGUUGAGCAAGCGGUUUGUCUGCAAUCACAGUUCUAGUUGGACAUUGGAGAACUAUCGCAUACAAAGAUCUUAAGAUAGUUUUAUAAUUGUUCUUAGAAGAAAUCACAACUCCCAACAACCCCAGGUUUGAGCUUUAUGCUAUUUCGGCCCUUUUGCCUUCCUGGAGGUUUCGCAUUAUGUAGUAGUUAGAAUAUAGUGUGGUUAUGUACAUAAACUUUGUAAUUUUCUUUUGUGAUUCUCAGUUUUCUAAAGUGUUUUUUAAGGUUCCUUUUGUUCUUUUAUCAUAAAGACCGUUCUCUGGUAGUUAUAAAAUCAUAAUACUUUCAAAUAUUA